CUCGCGCAGCUGCAGCGGACGGUGCUGUGACACAGCAACACUGACUGGACUUACUUUUCUUUUUAAACCAGUUCUCCCCCCGACAUUUUCCAGGAAAGCUGUGUGAAACUUUGUGUAUCUGUUGUUUGGCGCUGUGUGUGAAACUCGUAACAGGACGCGGUUGUGUUGGGGAGGAAGGAUGGAGGGAAAUCACACUUGAAGUCUUCUGGAGAAGCUGACAUGUUUGAUAGGGUCGACGGCUGAGUGAAAAGGGGGGGAGGCUGUGUUUUCCCCUCUUCUCGGGUGUGUACAGUAUCUCGACAAGAAGGCUGGCUCAUGUCCGCGGAGACAGACUUGCCUCCGGAGGGGCCUGUAGGGCCGGAGAAGGAGCUGCAGCAGGAGACGAGUCUGCUUCUGGCUAACUCCCAAGGCCCGUGUCAGAAUGAUGCCGAUGAACCGCCCGACACCACAGAGACGAACAGACCUCCAUCUUCCAGAGAACCCUCCACUGAUGAACAGGAGGACAUUUUGAGGGAAAACCACACUGAUGGCGACCUUGUAAAAACCCAACCUAAGCCGCUGCCUCACCCAGCAGCAUGUCUACAGCAGCCCACUGAGGGAGACGCUGCCAGGCUGCACAAUGGCCUUCAUGCAGGGCUGAGUAAUGGUCACAGAAUGCCCCGUGGGGGCACACAGCCUGCAACUGCUGGCGGCGCCGCCACCGCUUCUCUAUGUGAGUGCAGAAAACACCCGUCUCCUGUCUCUCAGCGCAUGCAGAACAAGCUCCGCUCCAGCCUGUCCGUCAACAGCGACAGCAGCAGAAGGAGUAAAGGCAGUUCCACGGGUUCACACAAACCUGGAUCCACUCCAGAGGACUGCUGUGUUCACUGCAUCCUGGCCUGCCUGUUCUGCGAGUUCCUCACUUUGUGCAACAUGGUGGUGGCUCAGGCAUCCUGCGGCACCUGCACCUCUGAGGUCUGCUGCUGCUGCUGCUGCGCAGACGACCUAGGAGAUGACUGCAACUGCCCCUGUGACAUGGACUGUGGCAUCAUGGAUGCUUGCUGCGAGUCAUCUGACUGCCUGGAGAUCUGUAUGGAGUGCUGCGGUAUCUGCUUCCCUACAUAAGGCCCCAAUCAUCUUUUGCCAGAGCAGGCAGGGAGAGAAAGGGAGAGAGAGAAAGUGUCUGGAUGUGAAAUUAUGCAUACCUGUGCGUGUGUGUGUGCGUGUGUGUGAGCGCGUGUGUGUUAAUCCACUCUCUCCAAUGAAAAACGAGUCUCUGGCCUCAAUGUGCUGGUCAAGCAGAUGCUUUCCAAACUAAAAAGGACAAAAUACAUUACAUAUUCAUGUAGAGGGAAAUGUAAAAGACAUUUAUUGUUCUGUGUUGUCAUGACUGUCAAAUAUGCUAUUAACUCUUUUACUUUGAAUAGUAUUAUUGGAGUCUGUCCUUUAACUAUCAUUUUAUAGAUAUUAUUUCCAUAAUUUCAGCCUUUUUUGCAGAGGUCUUUAUGUCUUACUCGAUCUAGGUUUUAAAAGUGAUUUGCGGAAUGCAGAUGUUUAAGGAAUACGAGAGCAGGCUUCAAAUGACUUUGGCCUGCUCUGAACAACACUGUAAUUUCCACAGAGACAUGGCUCUUUCACACUGUCACACAUUAAGGCUUUGUGGGUGUUAUAUGGGAGUCUUAUUUUGGACUUUUUUUUUUUUCCUUUUUUUUUUUUUUUUGAAAACUGACGGCCUCUUUAAGGCUUUUUUUAAGCAUUGUCUACUGUAGCUUGCUUUAUUACAGGUCCAUAAAGCCAUAAAGUAACCUCUCCAUAAAAUUGAAGUUGGAAAAUUGAAGUUAUGACAACCAAAAGAUCAUCCAGGUCCUUCAGCAAGGUCAUUCAGCUCUGGUCCUGCAGGUCUGGGGUCCAUUGUCGUUUAAUGAUUUUCCUACUCAAACACUGUAGUCUGGAAAAUCACAAAACUGUGCUGGACGCCAGCCUUCCAGGACCGGCGCUGAAUUCCCCUGUGCUACAGAAUGUUGUACUUUGGUGCAGUUCUUUUGUUCAAGUUUAACAAGACCUACUCCCAUUAACAUUCCAUUCAUCUCUCUGAAACAUUACAUUUAUUACUGUAUUUUCUUCAUCUUCGUUAGACAGACCCUUGAAUUUUCUUACACACUGUCUGUAUUUUAAUUACUAUAUAAGCUUGCCUGUUUAACUUCUGUUGAUGCAACACCAAAGCACCUUCUUGUCUUCCCUAAAGUGCAUAUACUGGAUUUAUUAUUCCAAAAAAAAGCCUUGAACAAGCAUUUGAGGUUUUACUAGUCUAGAUUAAAUAAUAUAAAUACGUUGUGAUGCUGAUAAACAUUAUGCUUUUUAUAUAGAUACUUUUGGUACUGCAUUUGUGUUUGUGAAAUUUUCUGACUCAUCUCUGCCAUCGUGUUUAUAUGAAUACUUGCUAAACUGCACUCCUCACAGAGGGAUAAGAUUGGAAUCAGAACAUGACAACUUUAUUUGACCUCAAGCUUUUCAGAGCACAAUUACAACUCAACUAAACUGUCCUGUUUCAGCUCUGAGCCAAUGCAGGGUAAAACUCAGUGGUUGUUUGGACCAGAUGCUGAUUUCAUAACCAUUUUGUAUUCUCUAGAUACUCAUUGUAUCAUCAUCUGGUGCUUAUUGUGUAGUCCUUUCAGUUUACUGUAUCAUUAGUAACCCUAAUGGUUCCCAGUUUAUUAUGCACUUGAAAAGAUGCACCUUUUUAAAACAAGACGAGUAUAGCAAAUCUGACGAAUGAAAAAUGUCACUCAAACUGGAUGCAAGUGCCAUAAACAUGAAAAUUUGCAAGAAAUGUGAAAUAAUACUUUUCUUAGCUUUUGCAUAUUUAUCCUUUUGGCCUUUUGUACUCUUUGCACAAACUGGGCUCAGUUUUCUGAUGUGUCAUAAUGUUAUUAAAGUGUAUUGAAGUGAUAUUUGGCAGUAUUUCACAGUAAUUUACAUUAACACAUUCAGAAACCCCCUGUCCUCUUUUUGUUCAUCCUUACAAAGACUUGUGUAACUUUUUGGAAUAUAUGAGGCUUUGCUUUCUGUUUGUCCAGCAACACUAUGAUUUUUUUUCCCCAGAAUAAACCAAUAUAUGUGAAACCAAA